AUGCCUGGAUGGUUCAAAAAGGUGUGGUAUGGGCUAUCAUCUUUACUCAGCUUCUCCUCCUUUAUCCUGAUCAUCAUUGCCCUGGCAGCGCCCCACUGGCUGAGUGGGAAAAUCCUUUGUCAGACUGGAGUGGACCUGGUCAAUGCCACUGAUCCAGAGCUGGUCAAGUUCAUUGGCGAUAUUUACUACGGGCUCUUCCGAGGAUGUAAAGUUCGACAGUGCGGGCUUGGGGGCCGCCAGUCCCAAUUCACAAUCUUCCCACACCUGGUGAAGGAACUCAAUGCAGGCCUCCACGUGACAAUUCUGCUGCUCCUCUUCUUGGCUUUGGCCCUGGCUCUGGUCAGCAUGGGCUUUGCCAUUCUCAACAUGAUCCAGGUUCCAUAUAGGGCAGUCAACGGCCCUGGGGGCAUCUGCCUAUGGAAUGUCCUGGCAGGUGGAGUCAUGGCAUUGGCCAUCACCAGCUUCAUGGCCGCGGUCAAGUUUCACGACCUCACCGAGCGCAUCGCCAACUUCCAGGAGAAGCUCUUCCGCUUCGUGGUGGUGGAGGAACGGUACGAAGAGUCCUUUUGGAUCUGCGUGGCCAGCGCCUCGGCGCACGCCGCAAACCUGGCAGUGGUGGCAGUCAGCCAAAUUCCGCUCCCGGAGAUUAAGACCAAAGUCGAAGAGGCCACAGUCACGGCUGAGGAUAUCCUGUAUUGAUCGCCCUCUGCGGCUCGCACCCUCUCCUGAGUCAGUUCUGCAGCGUGAACAGGGACCUCCUUGCGUGCGCAGGCUUUGCAGUCCAGAGCGCCGUGUUCUGGAAGGUAAGGAGAAGGAAGUGCAGGGAGGAAGGGCGGUCCCUGGACCAGGCAAGAAAGCUUUCCCGAACUCUGGCCUCUCUGCCCUUCCCUCUCACUGACCUUGGAGUUAGAGACUCGGCCACUUGCCAGCUGUGUGAUCACUGGACAAUUCACUUACUGUCCGCUUCUCACUUUCCUCCUCUGUGAAAUGGGGGUGUAAGACCUCCCAAGGUUGUAAUGAGGUUUAAAUGGACAAUAUUGUUGGCAACCUUUGAAUCAAUAUAUGUAUCUGUGAUUAGAGAGCUCUACAGAUAUAAGGUGAUGAACCCUCCAGUAAAUGCCUGUCGACCCCUGCUCUGUUCCACACAAUAUUAGAGGGGGGAGGAAAGAGGCAUAUGGUAACAUUCCCGUCCUCCAGAAACAUUUCAUCCUUCCACAUGAUAGGCAUCAGAUAGGAACAGUAACACUAAGAAUGAAAAUAACUGCCUUUUUUCCUUUUUUUUUAAGAUUUUAUUUAUUUAUUUGAGAGAGAGCAAGCUAUAGAGACAGAGAGAGAGAGAACACAGGAGUGGGGGGGAGGGGCAGAGGGAGAGGGAGAAGCAGACUCCCCGCUCAGCAAGGAGCCCGAUGAGAGACCCCAUCCCAGGACACCGGGAUCGUGACCUGAGCCAAAGGCAGACGCUUAACCAACUGAGCCACCCAGGCGUCCCUGCCUUUUUUUUUCUUUAGUGGUUACUACAUACUGGACACUGUUCUAGAAGUCCUACAUAUACCGGGUCCUCACUAUAAGUUCAGAUUGUUGGUACUACUUUAUUUCCAUUUUAUAGAUGAAGAAACUAACGUAUCCAGACACUGGGUAACUUGCUGAGGUCCAGAAUUCAGCUGAGGAAGUCUGGAACCAAAGUGUAUUCUUGUAACCACUUUGCUAAUCCCCUGUUGGAUGGUCAAGCAGUUGGAAUGCAGUGUGAUAAAUGCUAGGACAGUACAUGCAUGAAGGACUGAGGGAAGGAAUUAGUUCUCCUGCAUGGGAUGUGGUAUUAAAGAAAGUAUCACAGGGUUGACAUUUGAUAGGAACUUGGAAAGAUGAGUAGACUUUUUCCAUUGGGGAAGGAAGCAGGUUUGGAGAAGGGCAUUUCAGGAUGAGUCAGCGGUGAGGGGAAGGCAUAAGGGAUGGAAUUACAAAGGGGCCUGGAAGCAUGUGAAUACCCAGCGGGAUUAGAAUGUUGUCCUAAUUCAUGAGUUAGAUAAACCCCGUUGCUUUGUGUUGGGUUUCCCUUAGGCAGUAGUACUAUGAUGGUUAAUUACCUGUUCCAACUUGGCUAGGCCACUGUACCCAGAUAUUCGGUCAAACACUAUUCUAGAUGUUUUUGUGAAGGUGUUUUUUGAAUGGGAUUAACAUUUCAAUCAGUAGACUUUGAGUAAGAGAGAUUGCCCUCCAGGAUGUGGGUGGGCCUCACCCAAUCAGUUGAAAGCCUUAGGAUAAAGACUGACCUCCCUCAAGGGAUUGGGAAUUCUGCCAGCAAGCUGCCACUGGACUCAAACUGCAACUCUUCCCUGGAUCUCCAGCCUGCCAGCCCAGCCUGCAAAUUUUGGACUUGCCAGUCUGCACAGUCAUAUGAGCCAGUUAAAAAAAAAAAAAAAUUCUCUGGGGCACAUGGGUGGCUCAGUCGGUUAAGCUUCUGCCUUCAGCUCAGGUCAUGAUCCCAGGGUCCUGGGAUCGAGCCCCGAAUCGAGCUCCUUGCUGAGCAGGGAGCCUGCUUCUCCCUCUGCCUCUGCUUCUCCCCCUGCUCAUGCUCAUGCUCUCUCUCUAAUAAAUAAAAUAAAAUCUUUA